AUGUUUACAGUUGUGGAACUCUACGACACAGAAGAAAGUGAAAAAAUGAGACGACAAAAACAUCAGACAGAAAUAGGGACUCGAGUUUACGACUUGGACUUAAGUCGCACAAAUAGUGACUUCAGAUUUGACUUGCGACUCGACCUCAAAGUCUUGAGACUUGACUCGCACUCGAGAAUUGCUUUCCGUCAAGUCUCUCUGCUGCAGCAGAAACUGAUUUCCAGCUCGGUAUAUGAAGCGUUCUUGCAGAGUCCUGAUGGCGUCUUGAGCUGCUGUGAUUGGUUCUUGGUGUUUCUCUCCUACCUCAUGUUGCUGUUCACUCUGCCCCUCUCCAUAUGGAGGUGCUUUAAGGUCAUUCACAUGUAUGAGCGGGCCGUGAUCUAUCGCCUGGGACGCGUUUGGCGAGGAGGAAACAGAGGACCAGGGUUGGUCUUCGUCCUGCCGUGGACGGACACGUUGAUGAGAGUCGACGUCCGCACCAUCACCUUCAACAUCCCACCACAGGAGGUUGUGACUGAAGAUCUUGUCCGGGUUUGGACUGAUGGUGUGAUCUGCUACCGGGUCCAGAACGCUGCCAAGUGUGUGACUAACGUCAGCGACGUGCACGUGGCGAUCCGGCUGUUGGCUCAGACUGCUGUGAGGAAGGUCCUGAGCACAAUGAGCCUGCGUGACAUCCUGUCAGAGCAGGAAGAGGUCACCUCCAUCAUACAGUCCACUCUGGAGGCCACCACAGAGAAAUGGGGGAUCCAGAUCCAGCAGGUGGAGAUCAGGAUGUCCAACUGUCCCCAGCAGCUGCACAACUCUGUGUCAGACAAGGUAAAGUGUUCAAGUCCCAUCAAAUAUCACAACAUUCCUGUGGCGGCUGCAGAGGGACACAUGAACUCACCGCUGAUGCAGAAGGAGGCGGCUGUGACUGGAGAGACUGCAGCAGCCCCGAGGCUGCGCUACCUGCAGACCCUCCAAAACAGUUUCUUUGGUGGACUCCUUGCUCGGGGGGAGUAUAGAGGUGCAAUGCCCACACAUGGCACACCUUAUGCUCCCCCACCCGUACCCAGUAACGCCUGCCAUGUUAGACUGCCAGUCUAACA